AUGUUUGGUAAAAGUUGGCGUCUUUGGUACUUGUUGAGCGCUGUUCGGUAUCUCCCCAAAGCUUCCCGAAUACCUCCCUUGGACCCUAGCACAGUUGGUUGGCGGCUAGGAGUUGGAGCGAAAAAAUUUGCAUGGCAAUACUGCACGUGGAUCAGGGCACGUAGUGUGUGGAUGUGGGAAAGCGUCGGUAACAAGCAAUGGCGUGGAAAAACAACUAAGUCCUUCAUCGCCAUUCUCUUGCUGCUUCGCCUCCUUAUCCGAUCCUCUCUGCCUCCCAACAUGUCCUCUAUCAUUUCUGUCCUCAAAACCAAGCUUGGGGAGUAUAUGCUCACCCUUCCCGAUGGCACUGCCGAGUAUGAAGAUUAUGAGGCCUGGGCUGUUUUCGACCGUUCGGCAUGUGGGAAAGACGUGCCCGAACUCGCCGACUGGAUUGCCAAGGCUGAGAUUGGCCUCGAUCCGAUGGCUACUGACAACUGGCUGGUAUGGGGGGCGCAAAUCCUUCCACAGCGGGUGGUGCAUGUCGCAUUGCAGCAGCAGCAGGCGGCCGAGGAACAGGCCCUAGCUGCCGAAGCUGAGGUGGCUCGGGCUGCUGCGGCUUGGGAGUUGGCUGAAGUGGAUCGUGAACAGUGCUGGGAGGUACUGGUGGAUGCAAUGUUUGAUGGAUCGCUCGAUCCUGAAGAGGGUGAGCAUCAGUUGGCUGAGCUUGAGGCCGAGUCUGUCAUUCCUCUCCCUCUCUUCCUUCCUUCUCCUUCCCCUUCUGCCACCGUGUCCUCCUCCCAUCCUGACCCAUCCGCCGACUCGUCCCAGCCUGACCUGUCCACUGCCAAUUCUACGCUCAUGUCUGCAACUGAUGCUCUGGAUCAAAUGAGCAUGGGUUUGUCGGCCACAGCUGUUGUCGUCAAGUUCGCUCGUCAACCAACGCCACCUCUUGGGCACGUUGUCCUUCCUCUCGGCCCUGGAACGGGCCGAAUGUCAACUGCUAGGUCCCCUGUAGAGCGGAAUGGUGCUGGGAAGCUGCUCAAAGACCCUCCCAAAUUAUUACUGGGUGACGUCUUGUGUGCCAGGGAGUCGAAGGGGUGUAGCUUUCAGCCUGGGUGGACGCCGAUGGAUAAGGGGAAGGGGAAGGGGAAAUCAAAGGAAAAGGGGAAGUCGGCGCCAAAGUUGGAGGAGAGGGGACGCCCCUUGAAGCGUUGUAAGGUAGAGGUGGUUGUUCCUGUACGGUCGAUUGGUGAUAGCAUCGCUCAAACGAAAGCUGCUCAUACCAGAAAGCUGGUCCAGUGGCUUCCUACCACUGCUAGGGCCACCCCCGCUCCUACCCGCCCUUCAUGCGCUCGUUCGGCUGCCUUCCCCGUUCCCACCAACUCUUCUCGCCUCCCACCCAUUGUCGCCCAAGGCAUUGCAUCUGAGCUUCGGUACCGUAUUGCGGUGGCUGAGGGUACACAUGCUUCGUUGGCGCGCUCGGUCAAGAUGUGGCAGGCUGAACUUGAGUCGCUUGAGGUGCAGGCGGGUCCAUCCCCAUCCUCCAACGUUGUCUUGGUCGAGGACUUGUCGGCGGCAGACGAUUUGGGAAUGUCUGUGUCAGAUGAUGCGUAG